GCAAAUGGCCGUGAAAAGGAUCGAGCUCCUGGGUGUAUGAAAUAGUAAAUGGUGGAAUUGUCGGUGUUAAAAACUUGUGAUUAAAUCUUAGUUCGGUGUAGUGUUGUUAAAAUAAUACAAGAUGUGCCAAAAAGAUAGAAUCCUGUUGUAAUAGUGGUUUCGGAAGCGCCAGGGAACCGCUGCUGGAACAGUCGACGUGAGAUUGCUGACUGCGGGGUCGGUGCAUCGCGUGGCGUUGCGAGCGGAGGCAUCGCGGUCUAUAGCUAGUGCAGCCGGGGCUCGGAGCUAGCGCGCGCCACCAUGAACGAGCUGGACAGUUUGCGUCAGGAGGCUGAGACGCUCAAGAAUGCGAUACGGGAUGCGAGGAAGGCGGCGUGCGAUACGUCGUUGGCGCAGGCCACGGCCAACCUGGAGCCGAUCGGCCGCAUCCAGAUGCGCACGCGGCGGACGCUACGCGGACACCUUGCCAAGAUUUACGCGAUGCACUGGGGCAGUGACUCCAGGAACCUGGUGUCGGCUAGCCAGGACGGCAAGCUGAUCGUAUGGGACAGCCACACCACCAACAAGGUGCACGCGAUCCCUCUACGUUCAUCUUGGGUGAUGACCUGCGCGUACGCACCCUCCGGCUCGUACGUUGCUUGUGGUGGACUGGACAACAUCUGCUCCAUCUAUAGCCUGAAGACCCGCGAGGGUAACGUGCGCGUGUCCCGCGAGCUGCCGGGCCACUCGGGCUACCUGUCGUGCUGCCGCUUCCUCGACGACAACCAGAUCCUCACCAGCUCCGGGGACAUGACCUGCGCUUUAUGGGACAUCGAGACGGGCCAGCAGUGCGGGCAGUUCACGGGGCACACGGGCGACGUGAUGUCGCUGUCGCUGGCGCCCGACCAGCGCACCUUCGUGUCGGGCGCCUGCGACGCGUCCGCCAAGCUGUGGGACAUCCGCGACUGCCAGUGCAAGCAGACCUUCCCCGGACAUGAGAGCGACAUCAACGCGGUCACGUUCUUCCCGUCGGGGUUCGCGUUCGCGACGGGGUCGGACGACGCCACGUGCCGCAUGUUCGACAUCCGCGCCGACCAGGAGCUGGCCAUGUACUCGCACGACAACAUCAUCUGCGGCAUCACCUCCGUCGCCUUCUCCAAGUCGGGCCGCCUGCUGCUGGCCGGCUACGACGACUUCAACUGCAACGUCUGGGACUCCAUGAAGAGCGAGCGCGCCGGUAUACUGGCGGGUCACGACAAUCGCGUGUCGUGCCUGGGCGUCACCGAGAACGGCAUGGCCGUGGCCACCGGGUCGUGGGACUCAUUCCUUCGCAUCUGGAACUAAACCCCCUCCCCCCACAUGCCCCAUACACACCGCCGCACCCCUCACCCUCUCUGAUCCGCACGUCUACAACCCUCUUGACGUCCGCAACAACAAAAUGGCCGCCGAGCCGCCGCCGUAAUGGUGUCACGCUACCAAUUUUUAUAAUCAGCUGUGUAAUCACGCGCGUUGUUGCAUAAUCGAACUGUUUUUGAUGCGGUGUGUUAAUGGGUCGCGUAAACGCUUUAUCCUAUGUGAAUAUUUUUGUUCCGUCAUCACUUAUAUAUUUUUGCAAUCUAAGGCGAUGUUUCGGUGUGAUUGCUCGGAAAUGCGAGAUAUUUGUGGGCUAUUACGACCGAAAACAAUGUAUGUGUUAAUCUUAGCUCGUUAGCUUUGUUGCAUAACUGAUCCGAAUCAGCCGACCGGUUUCUAUUGAAUACGGAACAAAAUGAACCCUGUUUUGUUCGAAAUAGAGUCGAAAAUCGGACGUCGACAGGGAAACAAUGAAUUACAUUAUUUAUUUAUAUAUAGUUGAUAAUCUAAUAAAAUGGAAGCAUUUAAACUACUACUGAGGGAGGGAUGUAGUUUAUAUAAUAUGUGUGAGUGGCGAUAUGUGUGUGUAUGUACACUAUGGUUCAGAAUACACAUUUAUAUAUAUGUAAUGAUAUAAAAAUACAUGUUUAAAGUUAAUUAUUAUUAGUUUAGCACUGGGAGCCUAUCUGUGGGAGGCAAGCUGCCUAUUUAUGUUUCUGUGACUUGAUGAACAUCGCACAACAUAACUACUUCUAAAACUUACUAAAAUUAAAGAACCAAAUAUUAAGAUUAAUGUAUCUAUGUGUAAUUUAUUGAAUGUGGAUUUGUUUGUUUAUUUGUCGUAUGCGUUUGUAACAUCUAACGGCUAAUUUAUGAUUUUACUAUGUGACUACAAUAGUCUCUAGGUUUGAGUCGAAACCAACACACACUGUUAUACAACUUUGUGUUGUUUUUCUAAUUAAUUAAAACGUUAUUAUUCAAAUAAUUAUACAAUGUAAGCAAAAUGUUACGUACAUUAUUUUUUAUUUUAUUUUAAUUGAUAUUAAACAAAAUUGUAAUAUUUCAAUGAUAUGAUGAGCUUGGCUGGGGACUUGGAAAGUUGAAAAUACAUUGUAAAAAUAAUGCAUAUAAUAUGCACAUAACAAUAUGGUAAUUAUUUUCAAUUAAAGUCGAGAUAAUCCAUUAUAUAUUAAUUUCCUAUGAACUACACUGCAAUUUUUAAAAUGUUUUAUUAGUAUAAUAUUAUAUGAAAUAUAUUUCCGUUGGUUUCGAUUCGAUGCCAUAUUAAUUGUAAACAGAAUGAGAUUGUCAUUGAAAUGGUCUCCGAGAUCAUUCCGAGAAACUGUAUUUUAUUUGUUAUUUCAUAAAAUAGACGAACUGAGAAAUCACAAUUAUGUAAUUUAUAAUGCUAACGAUAUUAGCGCAAGCGAUCUGUACGUAUAUACCAUGUUAUAGUAACCACAAAUGUUUGAUGCAUAUGAUAAUAGUAAGUGUGAUGUGUCUCUGCGUGCCGCCAAAACUUCGCAAGCGAAUUUCUCAGCCCCAUGGGGGUUAUGGUGUGGUAACCCACCAUCCACCAUCCAUGAGGAAAGUAUUGUUUUGGAACUGCAUGAACUGUUAUCUAAAAAAAACGUAUUUAUUCGCGUCUACUUUAAUUUACAGCGACAUCUAUGAAUUUGCUGUAGAACUUUUAAUUGUUUAGGUAAAUAUUGCUAUUCGUUAGUAGAUGUCGCCACAGUUCCAAAGACAAAUACCAACACGUCAUUACAAAAUGGAUGGUGUGUGAGUUUUACGGUGCCAAGAAAUUUCUUUUACAUACUGUUUAAAUACAUCUGUAUUGUAUUAUCUGUUAUAUAUUACGAAUAUUAUUAAUUAGUUUAGCUACAUUAUUUCUAUGUUUAAAUGUAAUUUUAUAGAUCACAUUCAAUAGGAGCUAUGUGGUAUCGUCCGAGCGUAGGGAGGGUUUUGCUAGUUAUUUUAUAUUGAUUAAAUCUGUUUUAAUACAAAUCUCUAACUUAACUGGGGACAACUUUGUUAUUAUAUAUACGCCACAAAAUUCAGUUUUGUAUCAAAAUUUUAUUGCCGGUACGUUGUACGUACAGAUUGUUUGUGCUUACAAGCACAAAAAUAUGCGAAGCACAAGUUGAAACAUUUCAAGAGAUUAGCUUUAAGUUGAACAAUGAUUUAUACUUUGACACAUGCAAUAUAUUGAUUUAUUAUCUCUUCUUCUAUCAUUGUAACUCCUAUGGCGUUUUAAUUUAAUUAAUUUUGUAUGUCUGAUAUACUAAUAAAACCGUAAAGUUUUGUUAGCACAUUCAUUUUGAUUUAUCAAAGGCUUAAAAUAUCUUUUAAACUCUAAGGCGGUGUAAAAAUUUGUCGAUCGAGUCUCACAAUUUUAACGCACAUUUAGACAUGUGUCAAUCGUGAACGAUUCGUUCAUUAAACCCGGGUCACAUCAAAGUACUGAUGAUUGUAAUUACAUUUUGUAGUCGAUACUGUGCGACGACUGACAUUACCGAGCGGGUCACAGAUCACUGAGUACUGAAACUAGAAAUUACCUGUUGGAUUAAUGAACUGAAUAACUCGGUUCGGAAGACGAAUCAAUAUUUGAUUGAUCGGGUUACUAGAAAUGAAUGAACAACACAUGUUUAACGCACAUUAAACCAAUGUCAUGAUCUAAUAAACAAGGGACAUAGUCUGACGUGCUGUCAACAAAAUAUACACAAUCUUAAAUCUUAGUGGUUGCAAAUGUUGCGAGAUGGCAAAGUGUUCGUUAUUAGGUUAUAUGGUUAUUUAAAGUGGCAAGAAGACGCGAAGCUUAACGUUGAAAAUAUUGGGACACGUUACUCUUUUGUAUGUGUUCUUUGGAAAAGGUAGUAGAUUGAUUAUAGCACGUUUUGAACAGAUAAUAUAAAUUUACUGUUUUUCUACUGAAUAAUCAUUAAUUAUGGAUAUUAAGAACAAAUUAGCGACUUGUUUUUGAUAAUAAAACUUGUCACUAUCGACAUUAAUUACAUUAGAUGUCGUAGAAUGUUUAUACCUAUACCAUAACGAGAACCUCUUGCAUGGAAAAUUCAUUUGUCACAGAAAAAUAGUACUUAUUGUCUGUGUAACACGGCUUUUUUAUCCUAAAUCUUUUUACCUAAAGAGAGUAUCACAAGUGAUUAAUUAUUUGUACGAAGAUAUUGACAUGUACCGAGUUCAUUUUACUAGGUUAAGCUAGUUAUAGUUGUUUCAUGGGCGUAGCUGGUGGUUAACCCUGGAAAGAACACUGAAUUGUCGAUGAUAAUGAAAUAAAAAACUGCACAAAUAUGUGGUUCAACUCUAAAGAAUCUGCUACUCCCAUGAAAGUGUUAAAAAAAGAGAGGCAUUGAUUAAUUUUCAGCGUGUGACAAAAUAAUUGAUUCAAAUUUUCGUUGUGGUAACAUUUUCAUUUCGGUGAGAAUGAAAUAACAUAUUUUAAUUCGUUUCAGUAUUUGUUCGAAUUUUAGGCGCGGACCUUCGAGUAUGGUCCGGCUUUUUAAUUUAAUGUUAGUCGAUGGAUGGAUGACGCACUAUUGUUUACAAUUUAUGUUUUAACUUAAGCCUUUUUAUCUUAGAUAGGCCAUAUAUGUAGAUGUUUAAAUAUAAGGCAGAUGCGCAGACUUAAUCAACUGCACACCGAACACGCUGGAAUGUUUUAAUACUAUUCUUAUUACAUUGUGACUACCAUUAUAAUAUACUUUAAUUUUAUAUGUAGGUUCAUCACUCGCGCUCAAUUGUCUAUGGUCUGUUACGUGUAUCCAUUAAAGGCGAUAAUUCGAAGCGUUAUUACAUAUACAUGCAUAACCUUUACAAUAUUAGUUGAUUAAUUCGCAUAUGGGUAAUAAUAUCAUUUUUGUUAUUCUCAUUUGACUCGUGAAUGUAUCGUAUGGCAUAUCAAUCAAUUUGCUCCCACUUUUUAUUACUGUUUACACCCGAUAAUAGCAUUUUGUAAUUUUUUUUAAAUAUAAUCGUUAGAGCAAAUUGAUACAUACACAUACACGCAAGCGUCUAAUCUAUAUAUACUAUGAAUAUUCUUUUAUCUGUCUAAUGGGGAAAAAGUGGUAUUUUUUCAAUAUUAUGUAUGACAAGUAUAGCCUUAUCGAUUAGAAAAGGAGCUAUAAAACAUUUUUGGCGCCAAUAAACUCUUUAAAAUCAUGGAUUAUUUAUCUAUUCCCUUUAAAACAAUUUUUGUUGUUGCCACGACUCUGCUUUAUAAUUAAUGACAGGAGUUUUGGCGCGCAUUCCCAUUGGACAGAUUAAAAAGUUAAAUUCGAAGUGAAGCUAUGGUGUGCUAGUUCUACGCAUAGAAAAUAAGACUUUUUUAAAGGAUAACAAUUUUUUUCUACUAUAACGGCUUCUUUUCCUAUCGAUGUACGAUAACUCUAGAAUUAUAUUACAAUGUAUGUAUAUGUAUGAUAUUUAUUGGAAAGUUUGACGGCUCCUUAUUUUGUUUCUAUUCAGACCAAUUUUUCUCACUUUUACAUCGUCUUAUUGGAAUGGACUGCCAUAUUUUAACUUUAAAACUGUAAUUUAUAUACUUAAUGAGAGCUAUUUACAUCCGGACUCAAUGAUUUUUAGUGAAUUUGUGCGGAAUGCGACUUUAAAUCGGUUGGCCAUCUGAUAGUAAAAAAAACUAAAAUGCGCGGUAUGUCAAAAUGAAAUUGGAAGAUACGGAUGCUUAGAAAAUCUUUCUCACUAAAAUCUUACACCUAUUUGAAAAAAAAAAAUGGAAUGAUGAUUAUGUUAAUUUUUAUUUGCUAGUCCAUGUCUUUGAUAUGUUAAAAUAAUUAUUCUUAGUCGUGUAACACUAAUUAUAAUGUAUUGUGUAAUAUAUUUUUUUAGUUAUUAUUAUCAAUAAAUUAAAUUUUGUUUAAUUUAUCUGUACGUUUCUUUUCUCGUCCUGCUUAAGGUGUGAAUGUUGUAAGUAAUUACACAUACGUUUAUUAAAUACAUUUUACAAUAC